AGCGCCCUUCGGCAUUUUGCAAUUCCCCUUUCCAAUCUCAUCAUUCCAAAGGCGCAUCUUCGAAUUGCAUCUUCAUCCGCCUUUUCUCUUCCCAACUCUCCCAAUUGAGCUCCCCCAAAAGCUCUUUGCGCCGCUGCCCCUCAUCCCGUCGCAUCUCCAAUUUCCCGCGAUCCAACACAAGAGACAGCUCCAGACUUUUCUUACUUACCUGUGAAUAGCUGCAAUAGACCAACAGCAACAGAGCCAUCAUGUCCUCCUCCCUCCUCCGCACGACGCCUCUCCUGCGCGCCGGCCUUCGCGCCCGUGCCGCAAAGCCUCUCGCCGCCAUGGCCACCACAAGCUUCACCCGCGGCAAGGCCACUCUUCCCGAUCUGCCGUACGACUAUGGCGCGCUCGAGCCCUAUAUCUCCGGCCAGAUCAUGGAGCUCCACCACUCCAAGCACCACCAGACCUAUGUCAACGGCUUCAACGCUGCCGUCGAGGCCCUCGCCGAAGCCGAGGCUAAGGGCGACGCCAAGACUGCCGCUGCUCAGGCCCCUCUGCUCAACUUCCACGGUGGUGGUCACGUCAACCACUCCCUCUUCUGGGAGAACCUCGCCCCCAACGGCAAGGGCGGUGGUGGUGAGCCUGAGGGCAAGCUCCUGACUGCUAUCAACCAGGACUUUGGCUCCUUCGAGAACCUCAAGAAGCAGACCAACGCUGCCCUCGCCGGCAUCCAGGGCUCCGGCUGGGCCUGGAUCGUCAAGGACAAGGCCUCCGGCAACCUCACCCUCGUCACCCGCGCCAACCAGGACCCUGUCACCGGCAACUUUGAGCCCCUGCUGGGCAUCGACGCUUGGGAGCACGCUUACUACCUCCAGUACCAGAACCGCAAGGCUGAGUACUUCAGCGCCAUCUGGGAUGUUAUCAACUGGGGAACCGUUGCCAAGCGAUUUGGACAGUAGACAUUCGCAUCCGAGUCUGCACUGAACAAUCUGUAAAAUAAAUUAGCAUGUAGCACAUUCCAUAUUGUUACAAGUCUGCAAUGUCAGUUAGUAGGAUUGAAAGCCCAAAGCGUAUCCAUCCAAGACAACACAGGUUGCUGUUUUUGUCAAAACACUCAGUUCAGAAUACACAACAUUCAUUGCUGAUUUGCUACUACUAGCCGAGGGAGCAAUGAUACACGCAACGUAACCUAAGCCCCACGUAUAUUGAUACACUGCAGACUUGACCUUUGGACUCCACGCCAUGUGCGCUCAUCCCCUUCACCUGUAUAUAUAUGCGAUUCUGCGAAACAGGCGAACAACGAUCUCUUUUUGCGCAUGCGUCUGAUGGAUCUCAAUCCAUAGCGCGCAUAUAUGAGAGACAAUUAAGCAUGACCAAAAAACCCGG